AUGGUGCUGCUGGAUUGCGUUUCCGGAGUCGUCUCAUGGGGUCUCCGAACGGGCGUGGAUUGCCUAGGCGGUGCUGUGCAAAUGCGAUGCAGAAGCAGAAUCAGCAGGGAGAUCGUUGAGCCGCUGGAGAGUAGACUUUGGGAGCGUGUUCGUUGCAGAGACACUUGCGAAGUGGGCAAGAUCUCUGGCGGCGAGUCGAUGGAGUCACUUCUAAGCGGCGAGGCCAUCCGGCAGGAACUCAGGGACACCAACUCGAACCUCGAAGAAACGGUGACAAAGUGCACCAGGAAAGCCAAAGCCGAGAUCAAGAAGUGGGUCAUUUUCUUCGUGAGUUUCACCGGGCACGGCAAAUCCACCCUGAUCGGCCACGCCUUGAAGCAGCUCGGCGUCCGCGGACCUCUCCCGGCCACGGGCGCCAGGGGCUCGGUGACCAGGGCGGUGCAGGGCUACGCGGCGACGGUGGAUGGAUGGACCAUUGGAGGUCUCACGGAGGAGGUGAUCUUCAUGGAUUCGCCCGGAUGGCAGUGGGGUUGUCCGCCAAAAGAUGUUGAGGACCAGCUGGUCACCAUGAAGGCCGUGGCUGAGAACAUGGGGGUGGCGCCAGAUGCCUUGAAAGAACGGCUGGUGGUGGUUCUGCUGCAUAAAGCGGAAGAUGUUGCGAGAGAUGUGGAGAAUCAGAACUUUAGUGCUUUUCUGGCAGCAUUUUUCAAGGCGUGCAGAAAUCAGAAUGCUACUUUGGUACCGGUCCUGAGCAAAGCAGAGCCUCAGCGUUGCAGUGUAGAAGACUUGGACUUUGCGAAAAACCUAUUGCAAACCAAGUUGGAAUCUUUGAGCAAGGAGCACGGCGAAUGUGUGACAGUACGUCCAGCUAUGUGCUGGUCCAACAGCUCGAAGCCUUCUGCCGAACUUGACGAUGCCCUGGCGAAGGCUUGCCAUCAGCACCUCAAAUCCGAAGCUGUUCGAGGAAAAGUCAUGGAGAGUAUCGAAUCUGAGCUCCUGAAGAUACUGCAAGACUGGGCAAAGAAAGGCGAUUCUCGGAAUGCCUUGGCUAAUCGUUUCGUGUGGGUCUGCGCGCGUCACCGCGGACUGCGGCUAAAGCAGGUGCAGCUCAAUGAGGAUACACCAUGGGAGGAUGCUUCCAAAGUGGUCGACAGCUUGAAGAAGGGGCCUCUGCGAUAUUCCCUGGAAGAUGCCACAGAUGACUGGCAUAGCGAUGAGUUGCGGUGGCUGAAAGCUCCAGUGACAGGACUCCAAGUCUCGUUGCUCACCGCCCAUCUCUUCCAAACCACCCAGCCGGCCGGUGAUGGCGGCAAGCUGCGGCAAGCAACCGCCCAAAGUAGGACACCUAUGUCGCGUGACCGCGUCAAGGAGAUGAUUCCCAAUCGCGAGGCGCGGCGGCGGCAAGUGAAGGAGAUCAAAGAGUCGGAAGCCUACAAGCUGGAAAAAGAAGCUCGAGGUGUCGCCAUCGACAAAGGUGCUGCUGCGCGAAGCAUGAACCUAGCAAGGUUAUCUCUGAACGUCCGACAAGUUUUAGAGGCGCGAGAAGGUUUGGGUGAGUUGGCGCUGGCGUCAUUUUCCGAGCUCAAGGACACCUUUGCAAGGUCCGGGCUACUGACGCUGGGCGAUCAGCUGGUCUGGGCACAGGCAUGCAGCGAAUUUGAGCUGCUGGAAGAUGAACUGCACGGGGAAGUCUACAUCGGCCUCGUGGGCCGAAUGGAGCCUCAAGCCGCAAAAGCACCGCCAGAGACGGACCUGGAGGACAUGGACAAUGAGCGAUUUGAAGAGAGGCAACGAGAGGCCCAAAAGCUCUUCGAAAGCGCGCAGCAAGAUCCAAACUUCGUCCAGACUCUGGCGGCCUUCUCCGAACAACCGGAGCUGUUCCUGAAAGAGCUGAAGGCUGCUUCUCAGGAGCAAGGUUGGACGCGAGAAGAUGUGCAGAAGAUGAAGGAGACCUAUGCCAUGAUGGGCAUCAACUUGGAGGUGAUGCUUCAAGAGAUGCGCGCAUCUGCAGAUGUCCUGCCUGCAGCUCAGAGAGAGCUCGUGGACUACAUGCAGCAGAUGCUGACGGACCCCGACAGCGUCUUGGGCGAAAACGCGAAGGACACCAAGUCGGAGAAGGUCGACGCCUAG